GUUUUGCAGAGAGGACGGCACCCCAGUCACACAUGGGGAGGCCAUUGUUGACUUGCUGGAGGCUAUGCUCCUCCCCAAAACCCUAGCCAUAAUCAAAUGUCCAGCCCACCAAAAGACUGAUUCAUUGAUAGCCAAGGGUAAUAACCUAGCUGAUGUAGCAGCCAAACAGGCAGCAAUAGGUGCAGUAAUGGCAUGUCACAGUUCAUCUCUGCCUCACCACUCUGCACCUGCCUGCUUCAAUCUGCCAAUCAGACACACCCCUCUCAUCAAGCCAACUCCUCUCACCUGUGCUCUCUGCUCUGCUCUGGCUGCAUUUAAGCCCCUGCUCCACACUCAUUCAUUGCUAGAUUGUUCUCGAUGCUUGCACCAGACUCUCCAGCGUUUCUCUGCCUGAUCUCCCGGUUACGACCCUGCUUGCCUCCGACUAUCCUGCCUCACCGAUCUCCUGGAAAUCACCUCAGCUUUCCGUCCCCGACCACGAUCCUUGCCUGUCCCUUUCUGGAUUCUGCCUGUCUGCUCCCUUGGCUAUCCGGUGAUUACCUGAUUCAGCUCUACAGAGUGAGUGUUACUCCCGUCUCCUCUGUGGCUUCCUGCAGUUCUGUGACUCUGAUAUUCCUUCACUGAGUGAGUACAAGACUGAGUUUUACGGACAGUACUCACCAGUGUCCUGGUUUGGUUCGGCUGAGCCUAACCUCCAAUCCCUACUAAAGACUGUUAAAGGCCAGCGGCCAGAAGACAGACUGUUUUGCCUACUGCCAUUGUUUCCUGGACGUGUGCUAAUAAAGUUUGUUACCAACGAUACCUGCCUGUCUUUGUGCUGCUAUUGGGUCCAAACCAAACCCAUUACAUGGCACCCAUAUUAACCAUACAAGACUGUGAACCCCUCACUACCAUGCCUUCUCUUGUAGCCGUGCAAAACAGAGUAAGUGAGGCUCAAAACGACUGUGGAGCAAGUGUGGCGCCAUCAGAACACAAGCACAGGGGCCAACAAAUGGUCUCUGGCGAGAUAGUCAUUGCAAUUUUGUACUACCAACCCUGUUGCUGCGACAUGCUAUAAUUUGGGCGCAUGGUAAUGACCAUUGCGCAAGGGGGGAGAUCCUACGGAAAUUGCAAGCAACAUGGUGGUCACCAUUCAUGGCAGCCACGGUAGAUAGAGUACUAAGCGAAUGCGAAACUUGCGUGAGAUAACAACAUCAGGAAAGUUUUUAUAGCCCCACUGGCGCAUAUACCACCUCCAGACGGUCCUUUUAGACACCUCAUGUUAGACUACAUAGACAUGGGAGCACAAUCCAGAGUAAGUGGAAUGAGAUACGUUUUGGUAGUCAUAUGCAGAUACAGCCGAUGGGUAGAAGCAACAGCCAUAGCCCGAUCAGAUCACAGAACAGCUGCAAAAUUCCUCUGCCGAGAAGAAGAGAUUUGGGAUGCCAGACACCAUAUCAUCAGAUAACGGAAAACACUUUGUAUCUAAUGUAAUACAAGAAACAUUGAAGCAACUAGGCAUCAAACAAAAGUUUGACUGUGUCUACCACCCUCAAUCACAGGGGGCAGUAGAAAGAGCAAAUGGGAUUCUGAAAACAAAAACCGCUAAAAUAGUAGUAGAUAGUGGGGACAAGCUUAACUGGGUGGAUACUUUACCGCUAGCACUAAUGUCAGUGUGCUCACAAGCCAGCAGAAUCACGCAUCUAACACUGCAUGAAAUGCUUACGGGUUGACCCAUGCCAGUACCAUAUUUGAGGGGUCCCUACGAAGGGCCCCCAUUGGAGCAACUGCAAAAUGAAAUGUUUGACUAUUUACGAAGUCUAACCCAUAUCCACAGGGCCAUCUUCCAGCAGGUGAAAGGAGCCACAGUGGACAGACGAGUCGAGAUCCCAGAGGACCUUCAGGCGAUGCCUCCCCGCAGGAGCAAGGGACAAGGCGAUCCUUACGCUUGGCGGCCAGGCAGGAUUGGAGUGGGGCCCAGAGUGACAGCAGUGGGUCGCUGCCAGGGAGGGUAUCACCAGAGAGCACCACGGAGGGGAGCACCUCCUCCACAGUUGCUAGUGAUGAGUCUCAUGAGUCGACACCUGACAGCCGCAGGGAUGAUGAUGAGGGCGCAGGGACAUCAAGAGCAGAGGAAAUUAAGGAAGCUACAGAAGAAGAAGAAGAAGAAGGCCGCAGCACAGAAACAGAUCCUGAUAAGAAGGGCCAUGAGAGCGGCCACGGGACAAUCUGUUAUGCUGAUACAACAGCAGGAAAAGCUCCCCGAGAAAGGCGAAUUGUGGGAACUAGAUGAACCGUGGAUAGGUGCAGAGCAUGGCCAGCAGUUGGAGAUCCCUGUAUCCAAAGCAGCAGAAUACAAGGUUGGCCUACCAAGAGCGCCCAGCCAUGCCAGAGCGCCCAGACCACCCCAGCCCAUCUCCCAGGCUGACCAACCGACCCCCAUUCCCAUAUGUGCCCCAAGGAGGAGCCCCAUUGAAGCCCAUUGGUACCAGUACGCGCUGAUGACCUCGCCAGGAACCUACGUGCCACCGCUUAUGCAGCAGCCAUUGACGAACAUCCCAAACUGGACUCCCAUCAACCCCUUCAACCCCGCUGACAACACACACCUGUGCCACAAAGACCAUUGUCGCAAGCCACCAGAGUCCUGUUGCAAUGCCAAUAUAACGUGUGGCCUGAGGUGGUGGAAGGACAUCUCCACGAGCUGCAAAACAAGACGCCCACCACUGAGAGAUACAAGCAGCUCGGGGAUGACCUGCACACCCAACUCUAUGAUGUUCCUGCAAAAUUCGACCAUCGACUAGUGUGCAGCUUCCCUCUAGAGCUGCAACAUAGCCUGCGCAAGCUGCGCCAUUACACUUACAAAUGGGAUGGUGGAAAAUCACUGGGGCCUGAAGGAGCAGCAUGAACAGGAUCAACAGGAGAUCAUCCUGCGUGCUCAAGUCCACAUCCUGA